CUGAUAUUCUGUGGGGUUUAUUGGAAUUCGAAUUUAGAAUUAGCUCAUGCUUAGCAGCUGAGCUGUAUAUUGGAACUGGAUCGUACUCGGUGCAUGUUGAGCACAACACGUCAAUACGGGCCCUCAGAACAUCUUCAGAAGAAAACUGGUUAAAGAUAUUUAAUCAGCAGCAAUCCUGGCCAGUAACUGUGUACGAGUUUCUCGACGUUUCCAGCCAUGGAUGGCCACAAAUACUCAAAACCCUGUCAUUUUUCCAGAACCAGUAGCUCAAAGUCCAAACAAAAGACAGUCCCGGAUUCCGUCCACGACGAGUGCAGGUCGGGAAUUUACUUGCUGCUCCAAUCUGUCGAUACUGACCCUCCAAACGACCGGGAACAUGCCAAAACUCAGUGCUCAUAUCGAAUCAAUAAAAUGAUUGCCGAAGUAAAUGCUUACAUAUUCUCAGCAGUCAGUCAUUGCAGGCAACACUGACAAAGCUGUUGUCGACACUGAGCCCACUUCUCACACACAGCUGUAGGGCACGUAUGUGAGAAUUGUCAACCGUCGUCCAGAGAUGGCUUGAAGCAAAAGUCAGAGGCUUUGGAAUUAAAUCUGAUCUGAAUCAGAUGCUCGCAAAGGAGUGAACGAGAUUCAAGCUCCCGGACGAUGGGCCGAGCUCAUGAUAAUGCGUUUCCAUGUCAAAUCCCACUUGCAAACCACCAUUGGAAACGUGCACUGCAGCCGCUUGUCGAAGUUGACUUGGAAUAGCAUGCACUUGCCUUCAAUUCAACUUGGGGCAGCAUUCGAGCCAAAUUGACAAACGCUGUCAGUUGAUGGAUGCUGUACGUACAAGAUCAUUUGACUGUGAUGGCGAUGUCAUCCGGUGAAUGCAGGGGAAUAAACUUUUAGAGAGAGAGAGAGAGAGAGAGAGAGAGAUUUGAAUCAGAUGCAUGUUCUCAGACGAAGGAAAAUUCUCAUGGUGUUCAGCGCAUGUUUUCUCAGACGAAGGAGAAUUCUGUUGGUGUUCAGCGCUGAUUGAUAUCAUGAUUCGCUUCAAAAUUUGAGUGGACCUCAGGGAUGUGCGAUUGCUGCAGCUGCAAUUAUGAUGAUUAUUGUAAGAAUUGUUCCCCCACUACUUGCCCAUUGAGUGAUGGUCAUGAUCUAGCCCAUUCCGCUGCUCUCGCUGCUAAAGUCUUUCAAAGGUUUUUUCAACUCAUAAGAGUUGCUGUUGUAGUAGCUUUGUGGAUGGUAGAGUUCAAACUGCUCCCGACUUCCAAAAUAUCACGAGAAAGAGUCAAAAUUCCAGCCAUGCACUGCCAUUUGAACCAGCACAGGGCUCAUGAUACUCCACUCAACUAAAUCUGCAGUAGUCCCUAGUCUAUCUCAUAUCUAUUCCAUAUUGUCAGAAAAUUUGUUGAACACUCAUAUUUCGGAUGUCACCUGCAUUCAGACUAAAUUGACCUGCAUUUGAAUGGAAGGCCGGGGUUUUCGUAGCAGAUGGAGCCUGAGACAAGGAAUUCAGCUCGGGCUGCCUUGUGACAAUCGGGGUCUCCUUUCCCGACUGCCAACGAAAAGAUCCGUCUGAUUCCCGCCCUUUUCAGCACUGUGGCCUUAUGCCUAUUAGAUGAGCAGUAUUAUACAGGCAGCGCUGCAACUGUGCAUUAUAUUCUAUCAUAAACAUCAACCGAAUUGCACCUUUCUGAACUUUUGACCUAUGGUAUGGUCGACAGGACUCAACCACAUGAAACCGUAGUCCAAGAUGUCGACAGCCUUCUUUUUUCUCGUUCCGAAGUCGCACGACUCAUAAAUCUUCACCAAUUCCAAGACAUCCAGUUGCACGAGUUCAGAGAACAGUUCCAUGAAGAAUAAACUCGCGGGAG